AUGCUGGAGAAUCGGGAUACUGUUGCUGUAUCUCACAAAUAUGCUGAUAUUAAAACUCAAAAAAUAUCACCAGCUGGAAAGCCAAAGGUUCAACUUCAAGUGGUGUUGCAUGAUGGUACAUGUUCGACAUUCCACUUUGUCAACCCUGCCGGUGCCGAGGCUCAGGCGAAAGACCGGGACCAGGUUAAAUCAUUGUUACAAAACCUACUGCCUAAGUUCAAAAGACAGAUCGAUGGAGAGCUUGAGAUGAAAUCAAGAUUGCUGUCUCUGCAUCCCACAUUAAAGCAUUUAUAUGAAGAUUUAGUGAUAUCGAAAGUUAUAAGCAGUGAAGAAUACUGGAACACGCCAACAUUGAAACAUUAUACCGAUUCCAGUAAUAUAAAGCAAGAAGCCGGUGUAUCUGGUGCAUUUCUGGCUGACAUACAACCUCAAACAGACGGGUGUAAUGGACUUAAGUAUAAUCUUACUCAAGAUAUAAUAGAUGCAAUAUUUAAAACAUAUCCUGCCGUUAGAAAGAAACAUAUUGAUUAUGUGCCUAAUAAGAUGACAGAAGCGGAGUUUUGGACAAAGUUCUUUCAAUCACAUUAUUUUCAUAGAGAUAGAAUAGCAUCGUCAUCGAGUAAGGACUUGUUCGGUGAGUGUGCAAAGUUGGACGAUCAAGCCAUCGCAUCAGCUAUGAAGCACACAACAUUAGAUCUCACAGUGGACCUCCCACAAUUUAUAGAGCCAGUACCCCUUUUGCCCACUGAAGAUGAAGCACCACACGAUAAAGAGAGAGGCGAUAGCACCUCCAUUCAUCGAAAUAUGAUUAAAAGGUUCAACCAACACUCUAUUAUGGUGCUAAAAGCUAGUCAUAAAACAAACUCUAGUAGUAGUAAUAGUGGUAAUAGUAGUAUUAAAACAACAAACAAUAAUAACAAAGUCCUAGAGAAUGGUGUGAAAGAGAUUAAUGGAGUAGUGGAGAAGAGGCCGGCAGAAGAGAAGAGCAGUACCGAGCCGGUUGAGAAGAAAAAAAGGAUAUUAGAGAAGAUACAUUAUGAAGAUUUAGAAGAUAAGAGUGGAAAUGAGGAUGCACAGGAAUUAAAAUUAUCAAAAGUAGAAAGGUAUUUAUUAGGACCCUCUUCGCAAGUUUGCCAAACCAUCAACACAACCAACCCACCGCCAUUAUCAGCUCUCGCGUCGAUAUGUCAGGCGUGGAGCAGCGGCCAGCAGUGCGCGCGCCCGUUCAGGGUGAGCGCCGGCGCGGCGGUCGGGGCGCUCGGCGAGCUGAGCCCCGGCGGGGCGCUGAUGCGCCACCAGCACGCGGCCAGCAUGGCGCAGCUGAUACCGGCGGACGUGAAGGGCGAACUGCACCGGCUGUAUCUCUCGUGCGGCGAGCUGCUGCGCGAGCUGUGGCGGUGCUUCCCGCAGCCGGGCACCGCCGACGGCGACGAGGCGGCCGCCAGGGCGGACAGGUUCUACGAGGCGCUGCUCAGGUUCAGGAACGUCAAGCUGCGCCCCUUCGAGGAGAAGAUGCUGCGGGAUUUAACGCCACUCGCGACAACCCUAACAAAACACAUGAACCAAAUGAUCGACACGGCGUGCGCUAAGUACGCCGUUUGGCAACAGAGGCGAGCGAAACUUCGG